AUGGGCAGGGGAGAAACAAAGAAACCGUCCAUGGCUUCCUUUGUGUAUGUUCUUCUGGUUGUAGUUCUUUGUUUCAGCCUGCUCCCUUCUGAGAUCAGAGCAGACUACAAUGUCUACUCUUCUCCUCCACCAGAUUACUACAAGCCUCCACCUCCUAAGUAUGAGUACAAAUUUCCUCCACCCAAGUUUCCACCUUACUAUUACAAUUGGCUUCCAUCUCCUAAUUAUUACAAGCCACCUCCUGAAUAUGGAUACAAAUGGCCACCUCAUUAUUAUUACAAGUUACCUCCUACAUAUGAAUACCCACAUCCUUACUACAAGUGGCCUCCUGAGUACGAGUACAAAUCGCCCCCUCCAAAGUACGAGUACAAAUCACCACCUCCUCCGACAUACGAGUACAAAUCACCACCACCUCCGAAAUACGAGUACAAAUCACCUCCACCUCCCAAGUAUGAAUCUCCACCUCCAAAGUAUGAAUACAAAUCCCCGCCUCCUAAAGACGAGUCACCUCCUAAGUAUGAGGCACCUCCAAAUGUGAACUACAAUCACCUCCAAAAGUAUGAGCCGCCGCCUCCCAAGUACGAGUACAAGUCACCACCUCCCAAGAUAACCCCUUGUGCUUUCCUCGUGUUGCAGGAGAAGGUGAAAUCUCUGCCUCAAUAUAUAUUUAGCAAUAAUCGGCAUCCAGUUAUGUAUAAGAUCGAAAAGGGGUCAGAAGAGGCAUUGUUUGUUUGCGGACUAUUCUUUGUUGCACUUUUGAUUCUGUUAUAUGAAUGUGUAUGUAUUGGAAAUGUUGGGUUAUGA